AUGCUGAUCCCAAUGGGCCGAGUGGACCCGGUGGUGCAGGGCCUGGCGGAGGGCACCUACCGCGCCUUUGCGGAGCUGGUAGGCAACAGCCUCUUCGGCGUUGUCCUGAUCCUGAACAUCAUCCGACAGGUGAUUCUGGGGGUGCCGCGCCGGAGGGCGCAGGGCUUUAUGGACGGCAUCCUGCAGGGCUUCUCCGGGCUGGUGGUUGAUUCCACCUUGACGCCUGUACGGCAGCUGCUUCUGCAGACGCAGAUCGCCUACCACGACUGGGGCGUCUUUCGGGCCUCAGUGGUCUUUUGCCUUUGCUUGUUCAGGAUUGUUCUGGGCCCGGCCUUGGGCGUGCUGCACUUGGCUGCGUCCAGCAUCGAGGGGCUCACCAACCUGCUGUUGCACGAGGAGGCCCAGUUCGCUCCCUUCGAGAUGCAGCGCUCCACCGAGCCCCUGCCCUUGCCGCCCCGGAGGGACACCAGAGGCACGCCCCGGACACCAGCGCCGCAGGCCACGCCUUUCCGCACCAUGGACUUGUCGCAGGCAUCACCUGCACGUACCAGGGAGAACAUGCAGACGCAGGGCAGCUUGGCCACAGGGCGUUCGCCCCAUCUGGGCCAGCGCUCGGGGACCGGGUCUAUGCGCCUGGAGGCGCCGAAGAUGUGGCUGAAGCGCAAGUAUGGCUCCUUAAAGCAGAUGCUCGCGGACGACGACGCUGUCAUGGAUAGGGUGCAGUUGCCGGUGCAGUACGCCCUGAACCCCUGA